AUGCCUGCGCCAACAGCCCUCAAGGCUGCCCCCGAGGAGCCCGCAGCCAACAUCCCCCUCCCAGACGAAUCCCAAGACGACGACGUCCUCCUCGACGCCGCACCAGCACCAGCAGACGCAGAGGGGGAGGCGCCCCAGCAACCCGAGACGGAAAUGCAGCUCGACGACGCCGUGGACGAGGAGGGCCGGCCGCGCUUCGCCCCGUCGUCGGCGAGGGCCGAGGCGGUGCGCGUCGAGCACCGCAAGGUCCCCAUCCCGCCGCACCGCAUGACGCCGCUCAAGGCCUCGUGGCCCAAGAUCUACCCGCCGCUGGUCGAGCACCUCAAGCUGCAGUGCCGCAUGAACAUGAAGAGCAAGGCCGUCGAGCUGCGCACCUCCAAGGCCACCACCGACAACGGCGCCAUCCAGAAGGGCGCCGACUUCGUGCGCGCCUUCGCGCUGGGCUUCGACGUCGACGACGCCAUCGCCCUGCUCCGGAUGGACGACCUCUACAUCGAGACAUACGCCAUCGAGAACGCCUCUCGGACGCGGGUUGUGCUCGCCGACUCAAAGAUCCACAUCCUCGGGGCCUUCAAGAACACGAGGAUCGCGCGUGAGUCCAUCGUCAGCCUGAUCCUUGGUAAGCCUCCAGGAAAGGUCUACAACGGCCUGAGGACGGUGUCCGCCCGCAUGAAGGAGAGGUUCUGA